UCACUUUUCCAUAAGCAUGUAACGUUAUACUGCUGAUAACAGAUUAAAAUUUAGCAGUCAUAACGUAUACAACCCGCAAUUUCUUGACUUUGACGCCUUCCUGCAAAUGUCAAUAUCGUCAAAUAGACGGCAAAUAUGACCUCUUCGACCCUUCGACAAUUUCUGACAAACCAUGAAAGAACGAAUGUGUACAGUAGUGGCAAUAAUAGCGAAGCUUGUGUGUUAUGUUAAAACAAAUUAUUUAAAUUCAUUGACUGCAAAUUAAUACCAGUUGAGACUGUGAUUUCCAAGCAGCAAGUAGUGCAAAUAAAAUACAUAAUAAUGCCAGCUUUGCAUGGAUGUAGUGUAGAAUGUGAUGACAAUGUUAAUACCAAUAGUUCUGGGAAUUUUGUUUCCAAUCUCUUACAUUGCCAACAUUUUGGCAUCAAGAGCAGAGAUAGUGAUGGAAUCCAGUUACAGAGAGCCAUUCAGUAAACUGCAACGUCAAUUCUUUAUCGUCUACUUUGUAGCAGCUUUCCCAGAUUGGUUGCAAGGACCAUAUAUAUACCAGCUGUAUAGCAACUAUGGCUAUACUGAACCUCAGAUAGCACUAUUGUAUGUCACUGGUUUCAUCUCCAGCAUGAUCUGUGGUACAGGGGUUGGGAUCCUAGCAGACAAGUUUGGCCGCAGGAGAUUAUGCAUUGCAUAUAGUUUUCUUUAUGCCAUCUCAUGCCUCACCAAAGCUUCCCCAGUGUUCUCCGUUUUGAUGAUAGGACGUAUUCUGGGUGGAAUCUGCACCUCCAUCUUUUUCUCAACAUUCGAAGCAUGGUAUGUUCACCAGCACAGCCAGAAAUUCCACUUUCCACAUCAGUGGAUCAACUUAACAUUGGCUAAAGCAACGUUUUAUAAUGGUGUUCUUGCAAUUUUUGCUGGUGUUGUGUCAAACAUUGCUGCAGAAUGGGCCCAGUUUGGUCCUCUCUCUCCGUUCAUGAUUGCAGUACCCUGUUUUUUAAUAUCAGCAUUUGUAACAAUGUACAUGUGGGAGGAAAAUGACAUUAAAUCUACCUACGCUCUUAAUUACAGUUGUGCUUCACUUGAAGCUAUUUUUAGAACACGAAGUAGUUCAGUUUUAUGUUUAGGAAUAAUCCAAUCACUCUUUGAAUCAGUGAUGUACACUUUUGUGUUCCUUUGGACACCAGCCCUUGAACCAUUAAGGCCUCCACUAGGGAUUGUCUUCUCAUGUUUCAUGCUUUGUAUCAUGAUUGGUUCAUCUAUAUAUUCAUUCCUUCUAGCACGAAAUUGCUUGGCAGAACAUCUGCUACGUAUGUCAUUUUUCCUUGCUCUUGUUGCCAUAAUCCUGUCAGCUGGAGCAAUGAAAAUGGUCUCCUUAUAUCCACAAGAUACAGGAAAAUAUACAUUAGUUGCUUUCUUUGCUUUUCUCCUAUAUGAAGUUGCUGUGGGAAUGUACUUCCCAGCAAUAGGGUACCUUCGAAGUCAGAUAAUUCCAGAACAAUUCCGAGCAAGCAUAGCAAAUUGGUAUCGUAUUCCUAUGAAUAUGUUCACCUGUUUAAGUCUUCUUUGGUUUAAGAACAGUGUACACAGUGACAAGGAAUUUUCUUUUGAUACAGCAGUUUCUAGUCUUAAAGCUUUCCUCAUGUGUAUUAUUUUACUUUUCUUAGCACUAGUCUUUUGCAAGGCUCUGAAGAGAGGAAAUGAGAAUAUAAAACUAAUUAUGGAAUCUGUAUAGUACAGAAUAUUUUAAAAGUUUNUC